AUGUUCGGGCCGAAGAGAUUACGACUCGUUCCAGGUAUCGCAGCGUUCCAACGCUCUCGCCUUCGGGCGCGCCAUGUCUUCUCAGCCUCGUCGCCCUACGGAGCCUCGUCCAUAAACCUCAAGUUCCGCGCCCAUGCCUCCGUUCUCGCACAGGUCGACGGCAACGGGCCCGCACGACCGCGCGGCCUCGUCGGUCCGCCCAUGGGCGGCUUAGGCGGAGAUGGAGGAGCGCUGGGAAAGAGACAGAACAUCAGAUCCCUCAUAACGCCGGAGAUGAACAUGUCAGCUCGGCGUGCUCGGGUAGAGGGCGUCAACGUGGUUGUUAGGCAGAAGCGCAGGCCGUCUUCGACGUCGCCUCCCGACCGAGGUCUUGGUGUUAUAUUCAAGGACUUUGAGCAGAAGGAGCUGCGCGAUGUCAUGCUGGUGCACUCGGCUUUGACGGAGGCUGCGGCGAACUUGAUGUACCACACCCCUCUGUUCGCAUCGACCUACCGCUUUGCGCAGUUCGCGUAUACGGUCAGCCACCAGAAACACUAUGGUGAUAGGGUGAGGGUGCUGGAUGCCAGCGGGUUUGCGCAGGUUGCGCAGUUUGAGAGACAGCCGGAGGCGGGGUGGAGGGAGUGGAAGUUUAGGAACCAUGAUCUUUAUCAGGGAAGAUCGAGGCUGCAUGUGCCGGAGACACCAUCAACAUCUCCCGCAUCCAACUCGCCGAGGACUUCCUCAUCGUCGACGACAACUCCCCCCUCCGCCUGGACAGACACCAUCUACGUCUCCGACCUCCCCAAAUCCUGGUCCUGGAACUCCCAAGAGCUCCGUCCCAUCUACAACAUCUACAUCAUCGACCAGCUGCGCAAGCUGAAGCACCUCGAGACCGUCAUCGCCAACAACGGCGUCUUCCUGAGCACGCUGAUGAUCCAGGAGCUGGUCGAUGGCGCGCACCCGAGCCUCAAGUACGUCGACUUCGAGCACUCGGGCAUGGCGCGCUCGAAGCCUUGGGCGAUUAAGGGAACGAGAGAGCAGGUUGUGAAGGUUAUUAGGGAUAUGGAGAAGACGACCCGGCGGAGCCCGGAUCCGAGGAGGACCUAUUUGACUCGUGGCUGA